GAAUUCAACUAGCUAAUACAAGGACAUAUGGAACCACAUUUCCAAGACAUUUGAAAGCUUAGGACAAGACAGCAAAAGAUCUACUCCAAUAUAAUGUAACAACCAAGAAAGACACAAUGUGAUAUGAUGCUGUUUAUAAACUAAAGAAAUCCCUAAUAUUUAAAAUGUCUGCUGCUAGAACUCAAAUCCCGAAUUGAGAGAAGAUGUGAACCAAACAGCGCAAUACAAUUAAGAAGAGCACAUAUCAGCACGUAUCAGCACAAUGGAUUAUAUUAUUAGUUUAUCAUGCCUGUUGUUGUGCCUUGUGCAGUCUCUGGCCCAGAGAGAUCCGCCAUCUUUCAUUCCUAGAGAGCUCCGUAGAUUCAGUGAUGGUAUGCUAUACUAUCGCCAUCUGGUGGUGGAUGAAGUCCUGGAUGUGCUCUAUGUAGGGGCAAUGGAGCGGGUGUUUAGACUUAACUUAGUAGAUAUAACUGACAGAACAGAUGAGUUUGCCAAGUCUGCCCCCCUCCUAGCUGGGUCCAGUACGUCAGGUGACUGUAGGAGUCAGACACAGGAAGACUGCAAAAACCACAUUAGGGUAAUAGUUCCACUAGAGAAACACAUACUUGUAUGUGGAACUGGAGCCAAGGAGCCAAAAGAAUUUGAACUUUAUAGCAAUCUAAGCAUAAAAUUAGACAAGGGUCCAGGGAGUGGACUGGCAAAGUGUCCCUAUGACCCUAAUGAUAACUACACUGCCAUUUGGGUUGAAUCGGGAAAUCCAGGGAAUAUCUCAAGUCUCUACAGUGCCACCUAUACAGAUGCCACACGUACUGAUGCCCUGAUAUAUCGGCCAUCUUUACCAGAUGAUCGGUGGGCGAAACGUUAUGAGUUUCUCCGCACGGAUGGGCAAGCGACAGAGUGGCUCAAUGAGCCAGAUUUUAUUGCGUCCUUUGAUAUAGGGGAUUUUGUCUACUUCUUCUUCCGUGAAACUGCUGUAGAGUAUAUAAAUUGUGGAAAAGCUAUUUACUCAAGAGUGGCAAGAGUUUGCAAGAAUGACCAGGGAGGAGCUAAUAUUCUUGAGAAAAGGUGGACGACAUUUCUGAAGGCUCGACUGAAUUGUUCAAUACCUGGGGAGUUCCCUUUCUAUUUUAAUGAGAUAAAUGACGUGUUCACAACAGACAAGCAAGUCUUCCAUGCUGUUUUUGCCACAAAUGAAAAUGGUCUUCAAGGCGCUGCAAUCUGUUCAUUUAACCUUAGUAGUAUGGAGAUUCUGUUUGAUGAGGGUAGCUUCAAAGAGCAGACAGAAUCCUGGGCUAAUUGGCUGCCAGUGGCUGACAGAGAUGUUCCUGAUCCUCGACCAGGCCAGUGUGCUGAGGAUUCCACAAGUCUUCCAACGGAUGUAUUGAGCUUCAUCAAGCGUAACCCUUUGAUGGAUCCUGCUGUAGAACACAAUACAGGGCGACCAUUGUUCUACACAUCUGGAGUUCUCUUUACAAAGCUGGCCCUGACUAAGGUUGGCAGAUACACUGUCUAUUUUGCAGCCACGGCGUUAGGGGAAAUCUACAAAAUUGUGCACUGGUUGGAAGGAGGAGAGAGUGAAAACAAUGUUGUCGCAAAGUGGACUCCAUAUAAAGACCAGUCAACAAAGAUAUGGAGUUUAAAAAUCUCGGGAGACUACCUAUAUGUUGCGACAGACUGGAGUGUUUUACAGCUCAGUGUUCUUCAGUGUAGUGGAUACACUGUAUGCCAUUAUUGCGUAAGAGACCCACAUUGUGGAUGGAAUCUCAGUACAAAUAAAUGUGACAUAUUUGUCAACAGUAUUCGAUCUCUACAGAGUGUUGAAAACCCUGGCGGAUCAGUAUGUAAUCCAACAUGUUCAGAAACUAAAAAUAUUGUCGCAAAAGAGUUUGGCGAAUCUCUGCACCUCACAAUUGAAAGUUUCUGUAUUCCCGAAGGCCCUGUAACAUGGUUCUUCACACCUUAUGAGGGAACAGAUAUUCAGAUCCAAAUUGACAACCUUCAGUACAUUCUCACGCAAAAGUCAGGACUUGUAAUCAUGGGUGUGAAUGAUGACAUGAGGGGUGUGUUCAGUUGUCGUAAUAGCGAUAACAGCACACUGGCGACAUAUGAGAUAGCACUCCCAGAAUGCAAUAGUAUUGACUGCCAAUGGAAGAAGGAGUUUGAUCGAUGGUGCCAGGAGUUUGAUGUCUAUCAACGGGAAUUCAACACAUGGAAAGAGUCUAAGGAUGAGUGUGAUACUGACUUUUAAGAAAUGGCUUUCUGAGCUGGAGUUUGUGACAUCAACUGGAGAUCAAAGUGGAUUCAAGGAGCAAACAUCCUAAAAUUCUGUUUCAACUGAAUGCAUGAUAUUCAGCAAGUGCAUUCUCAUAAACAACACUG